AGCUCGCAUCAAAGCACCACUUUAGCUUUUGAUCCACCCGUGAGACCCGUGUAUUUCAUGGUAACGGCGGCUGGUCAUUAGAACAGUAAAGGCACGCCUCUCUCAACUUCAGGACCAUCACUCUGCAUCUUUCUGCGAUGGAGCGCACGCAGUCGCUCCCAGUUGCGCCGCCGUCUGUGCUGGCGUCCAUGUCACCCCCGUGCUCGCCGCCGCCUCUAUGCUCGCCGCCAAGUGUGUCCAAGUACGUGGUGGGCGUAUGCGCUAUGGAGAAGAAGACGCGCUCCAAACCCAUGCGGGAAAUCUUGCGGCGUCUCGAGAAGAAGCGGCAGUUCGACGUGUUCGUGUUUGACGACGAAACGAUCCUCAACCGUCCCGUGGAGGCUUGGCCGGCAUGUGAUGCGCUUAUCUCGUUCUAUUCGACAGGUUUCCCACUCGAAAAGGCCGAAGAGUAUGUGCGCCGCGUGCGUCCCGUACUGGUCAAUGAAUUGGGUAUGCAACACGUACUCUUCGACCGCCGCAAGGUGUAUGCUUUGCUCACUCGACACGGUAUUCAGGUGCCGCGCCACGUCAUUGUGAACCGCGAUUUACCCGGUGGAAAACAGGACGAACUCAUCGAACACGACAACUACGUCGAGAUCAACGGCGUACGCAUCAACAAGCCGUUUGUAGAGAAACCGGCAGAUGCAGAGGACCACAACGUCUACAUCUACUAUCCGACCAGUGCUGGUGGAGGCAGCAAACGUCUCUUCCGGAAGGUAGGGGACCGCUCAAGCGAGUUCUACCCGGACGUGAACCAUGUCCGAAGAGAUGGCUCGUAUAUCUACGAAGAGUUCCUGAAUACACAAGGAACGGACGUCAAGGUGUACACGGUUGGAUCGAGUUAUGGCCACGCGGAAGCCCGCAAGUCUCCGGUACUUGAUGGCCGCGUGGUGCGUGAUUCAGCAGGCAAGGAAGUACGCUAUCCCGUCAUAUUGAACUCGACGGAGAAGGAGAUGGCGAGGAAAGUGUGUCUAGCCUUCCAUCAGACGGUGUGUGGCUUCGACCUGCUACGUGUUCGCGGCAGUUCAUACGUGUGCGAUGUGAACGGUUGGAGUUUCGUGAAGAACUCGAAGAAAUAUUAUGAUGAUUGCGGACUCAUCUUGCACAAUUAUUUGGUGUCGGCACUGCGUUCGCGGUACUUUCGCCAACGCCGUGCCAAUUCAUUGACCUCUAUGGGUACGCAGAUGUGUCCGCAGUACGCCACGGAACCUAAUGUCAUGAGCAAUGGAGGCCACGAUUGGCACAACCAUACAAGACCAAGUUCGGGCUCGGAUGUCUCCGAAUCGAGCGUAGCUAGCGCUAGUAGCGCUGGCUUCACGCUUGACGACGAGAAUCGCGAGGAGCUACGCUGUGUCAUCGCUGUGGUGCGUCAUGGUGAUCGUACGCCUAAACAGAAGCUGAAAACUCUUGUAUGGGAGAGGGAUCUCGUAAACUUUUACGAGAAGCGGCGUAGUGAACGCAAAUAUGACGAGGUGAAGGUUAAGGCAGUCGCAGAUCUCCAGGAGCUACUAGACCUGGUGCGUAGUCUGAUUAAGGCGUACGCCCCUGGUGUCGGCUCUAAGGACGCGGUCUGGGAAGAAGAAGGAGGCGACAGCUUUGAAAAGUUACUGCAGAUGAAGCGUGUGCUGGAGCGGUGGAAAUUUGCUGGUAUCAAUCGCAAGGUGCAAUUUAAGCCGCACAAGAGCUACGCUGCUGCAGCUGCUGCAUACGCUGAAGCUCCCGAUGGAGCAGAGAAACCGAAGGUCCUCAUGAUCCUCAAAUGGGGAGGUGAUCUCACAGAACGAGGUAAGCGGCAAGGAGAAGAGCUGGGACAGUCGUUCAGAAACAGUUUGUAUCCUGUUGAAGUGGAAGAAGGGGGUUUACUUCGUUUGCACUCGACUUUUCGUCACGAUUUAAAGAUCUUCACAUCAGAUGAAGGACGUGUGCAAAUGACUGCAGCUGCAUUUGCUAAAGGCUUUUUGGAGCUGGAAGGAGAUCUCACACCUAUCCUCGUGAGUCUCGUCACAACUCUGGGAAGAGAUGCCAAUAAAAUGCUGGACCACUCUGGACAAGCUGACGCUAACGAGGAGAUGCAGACGAUAAAGACCAAGUUGAGGACUUUAUUGCAGCGGGAUUACUCUUCCAUGGAAGAGAUGAAGGCUGCAAUCGCCCCGUUGAAGACGGAAUCUAUCAUUCAGGCACUGGAAAUCAUAAAGAAUCCGAAGGAAGCAUUGGUUCGUCUUCUGGAACUUGUUCGCAAAUUUCGAACUGAAAUUGCUGAGCGUGUCCAGGACAAGCAGGCAGAUGAAGCAACUCCAUUGUACAUGGGUGAAACAUUCUCGCUCAUGUUCGAGCGCUGGGACAAGAUCUAUCGCGACUUCUACUCCACCAAGACUGACACAUUCAACAUGAGCAAGAUUCCCGACGUACACGACUGUAUCAAGUACGAUCUGCUUCACAACUCGAGCGUCGGCUGGAAGUACGGUCUUGAGCUUUUCAAGCUCGCUGAGGCUCUUGCACGGUGUUACGUUUCACAGGAGUACGGCAUGGAUAUAGCGGAAAAGCAGUCAAUUGGCAAUCGUGUUUCGCAAGCACUGUGCGCAAAGAUCCGAGCUGAUAUUGUGACUGUCAUGUCGGCAUCAGCAGAACAGGAAGAAUCGCCUUCCCCCUCGAAAAAUCUGUACGGAAAUGGAGAAGCUGUUGAAGACGGUACUGUUGAUCUCGCUGACCCGGAUAUUGAACACCACGGAUACCGUUUGGACCCGUCCUACGCGAAAGAGCUGCGAAUUAAGAGUCCUGGAACUCAAGUUCGCACGCGUCUUUACUUUACGAGUGAGAGCCAUCUCCACACGCUGCUGAAUGUGCUGCGUUUCCAAUGUCCAUCAUGGCGUGCACGGCAUGAAGGUGGCGAGGACGAUGAGUACGAUAUUUCGCUCGAGCAGGAGAAAUUCAGCAACGAAAUCUUGAAGCGUAUGGGCAUCAGCGUCAAUGACCACAUGACGCAGCGCAAAUACGUCUUUCGAGAAUCCAAGCUCAUCUCUGAUGGCAGUCGACGUGCGUUAGACCGCGUAGCCGAGAUCAACUACCUCGCUCACGUCGUUAUCCGGGUCUUUGAAACUCCAUCGCUGCCUCAAGACUGCGAGGAUCGCUUCCGCGUAGAAAUCUCCUUCUCCCCUGGUGUAAAAGAUGGCCUUGCAGCCUUCCCUGACGGCGCCGAAGGAGUGGAGGACACGAUAUACCUUACCAAGAAUAUGACCGGCGUCAUGUUCGAGGACAUGCUAGCGGCCUGCGUCUCGUCGAUCCAGAGCACUUCCGUCUAAUGAAACUAGACGACAUCAUUUUACAUUUAUUCAUGGAAAUAGAGCACUCGAGAACACGAAGAGUAUAUAAAGUCAUUGACAAAAUCACUUGAGUCAAUUACUCAGAUGAGCUUGAUACGUGUCGGAAGCUUUCCUUGCUCUCCUCUACU